AUGAGGACGCAGGUCCAGGGAGAUACCAGGAUCGUGGUAUCCGUGGGCCUGCACCCUCUUCAGGUGGAGGAGGGCCAGCACCUUCUACCAUUUCUAAGGUGUUUGGACAACUCGGCCUACGGGGAGUUGGGGGAGGUCGUUUUGACCACGGUCCUUCAAAGGGCAGUGGUCAAGGCCUCCCUACCGUUGGUCCUUCACUGCAGGGAUGGAGGAAGCGGCCAAGCGGCCCUGAAAUGUAUUCGCCAGGUGCUCGGCGCCACCGAGCUUGUGAUACAUUGGCACUGUCUCACAGGAUCGGUGGAACAGGUGCAGGAAUGGGAGAGGUACCUCCCAAACCUGUACCUGGGGGUGACGGCUCUGUCCCUCAGGACCGAAGCCUCUCGCCGGGCCUUGAGGGAGCACGACUCCGGUAGACUGUUGUUGGAGUUAGAUGCUCCCUAUCUGGUACCUUCUGGGGCAGGGGAGGGGCCCAACACUCCCUGGCUCCUGGGGAACGUGCUCCGGGAGUUGGCUGGUUUAAGGGGGGAGGACCCAGGCCAGCUGGCGGUGGUACUCAACACCAACGCCAGGAGGGUUUACUCUCUCCUGUAG